ACCGCCUGUGGAGAGGAAAAAAGGAAGCUUCGUUGCCGCCAUUUCGUGUAGGAGAAGCUCGUUAAAUACACGUAAGUGAGUGUUUCAGAACUGAUUUGAUUUGUUUCGAGUUGCUGGGGUUUCAGGCCCAGCGUUUUGUUGUUUAACGAACAGGAAGAGCUAAUAUUAUUUUGUAAGUGGCUAACGCUCAGUUAGGUGGAAAAAUGAGUUACGGUAGGCCGCCGCCAGACGUGGAGGGGAUGACCUCCCUCAAAGUGGACAACCUAACUUACCGGACCUCGCCGGAGACGCUACGCCGCGUGUUCGAGAAGUACGGCCGCGUGGGCGAUGUGUAUAUCCCGCGGGACAGGUACACCAAGGAAAGCCGCGGCUUCGCAUUUGUACGCUUCCUCGACAAGCGCGACGCCGAGGACGCGAUGGACGCCAUGGACGGAGCGUUGCUCGACGGCCGUGAGCUCCGCGUGCAGAUGGCCCGCUACGGACGGCCGCCUGAUUCCAUGUACAGCCGGAGAGGACCUCCACCUCGAAGCAGACGUUCGGCGAGCCCUCGCCGACGCAGACGGAGCCGUUCCAGGAGCAGGAGCCGCUCCCGAUCCAGGAGUCGCCGUCGUUACUCCCGCUCCAGGUCCCGCUCCGACUCCCGGUCCAGGUCCCGGUCCAAGUCUAAAUCCAGGACCCCGAGGCGGAGCAAAUCCAAGUCCCCUUCUCGGUCCAGGUCGAGAAGCCGGACCCCCGCCUCCAACCAUGGCUCCAGAUCCAGGUCUAAGUCCAAGAGCAAGAGCCGACCCAAGUCUCCAGAGGACAACGGAACAGAGCCUUAAUUCAAAGUUGGACGCAACAUGACGAUCUGUCAGAUGAUUGCUUCUUCCUGAGGACAUCAGGAUCACCAUGUUCAAGGGGACUCCACUAUUGCCACAGAAAGCAGACUGAAAGGUUAUUUGGAACUUGGUCUAAACAUUCUCUAAAUAGUUCAUUUAUACAUUGCUACCUAAGCAGACGUCAUGUUGGAUGUUCAGAGUUGGGCGUCAUUAACAUAAAUUUGUUUUGUUUUUUGUUUUCCCUUUUAAAUUCCCAGUUGGAUUUGUGCUUUUCAAUAAAACCAAGUUAUUUUCUUUUAAAAGAAUAACUUGUUAUACUUUUUCUUGAGCAGGAGGGUGUACAUUUUGAAUAUUGGUUUGUAGCACCACUCAAGUGGGGGGAAAAAUAUGGCUCUAUAUUAGCCAGUCUUGUCAAUGUGGCUUCAUUUGUCUUGAUGACAAAGUAGGGUUUUUUUUUUUUUUUUGUUUGUUUGUUUUCCUUCCCCUUUUUCUGUCAACUCUUUCUGUCCGGUUAAAGUUGCUUCCUAUGACUCUAACCCUCUUUCUUGUGUAUCUUUUGUGCACUAGGCGCAGUUGUGUAGCAGUUGAGUAAUGCUGGUUAGCUGUUAAGAUGCAGUGCUGUGGUGACAUGGUGUGGCGUGUUGCGGUGCUGAGUGCCCGGUCACUGUUCCGGGGCGCUCGACCCUCCGCUGCUGUUUACCGGUUUGUAAGCUCACAGGUGUUGCAGAUCAUCCAUCCCCCUCCCCUUCCUCCGUGCCCUUUUUUGAUUCCCCUCCUGUAUGCUAUACAGCUCUCUCUCCUCUUUUCUUUCCUCGUCCGGUUCAUCACUCGCUUUUUGGGUAAGUGGGCCCAGUCUGGCUCACAGUCGAAGGGUUGACAUUUAAAGAAAAAAAUGCAGUUCAAGCUGCUUCAUCACUCCUUUUUUGUGCAACACAUUCCCCGUUGACCUCUAUUCUCGCAUUUUAUUCAGGUGAAUGCUAAUAAACUUCUUUGUUGAAAAUGGA